AGACAGUUGAACCAAUCGUGUGGCUCGUUGUUGAGAGGUGCUCAAGUGAGGUCCAUACCCUCUCGUCAACAUGAUGGGACCACCAGGAAUACCGCCUCAUUACCCUCCCAUUGGAAUGCCUCCCAUGGGACAGCGACCGCCUAGCAUGACUCCUAUGCCUCCUGGUAUAAUGCCCCCUGGUAUCAUGCCACCCAUGGGGGCCCCCCCCUAUGGGACAGAUGCCAGGCAUGAUGCCACCUAUGAUGCCAGGGAUGAUGAUGCCCCCUCGCAUGCCAGCUGCGACUGUACAACCAGCGGGACCGCCUGGUGUUGACUCCUCAGCUGCUGCACCUGGAACAGCUAGCACCACCAAUGGAUCUCCACAGGAUGAUCAGCCAAAGAAGAAGUCACUAUGGACAGAACACAAAUCCUUGGAUGGGAAGACCUAUUAUUACAACACAGAGACAAAGCAGUCUACAUGGGAGAAGCCGGACGACCUGAAAUCUCCAGCAGAGCAAAUGCUCUCUAAGUGCCCGUGGAAGGAGUACAAGUCAGACACAGGGAAGCCUUAUUAUUACAACUCUCUUACAAAGGAGUCCAGAUGGACCAAACCCAAAGAGCUGGAGGAUCUGGAAGCUAUGAUCAAAGCAGAGGAGAAUGGAACGGCAGAGGCAGCAGCCCCUGGCACCAUAGCAGCUCCUGCAGUGCAAGCAGAUAAUACAGCCACUAUGGCAACAGUAAUGGAGGCGGAAAACGCAACAGCCGUCUCGGAGGAGCAACUGUCUCAGGCGGCUGUGCAUCUCACAGCUGAGGCCAAGAUUACAGACACACCUGUGGCUUCCGUAGACAGCCCGGCCCCCACCGAGGUCACAGCCAGUGUUGAAGUCACAAAGGAAGAAAGACCAGAGCUUCAGAAGAAAACGUACAAGUGGAACACAAAAGAGGAGGCCAAGCAGGCUUUCAAAGAGCUGCUGAAGGAGAAGGGUGUAUCCUCAAACUCCUCGUGGGAGCAAGCCAUGAAGAUGAUCAUUAAUGAUCCUCGCUACAGCGCUCUUCCCAAACUGAGCGAGAAAAAGCAGGCGUUCAACGCCUACAAAGUGCAGACAGAGAAGGAGGAGAAGGAGGAGGCCAGAAUUAAAUACAAGGAGUCCAAAGAGACCUUUCAGAGGUUCUUGGAGAACCACGACAAGAUGACGUCCACCACCAGAUACAAGAAAGCAGAGCAGAUGUUUAAUGAGCAGGAGGUCUGGAGCUGUGUGCCAGAGAGAGACAGACUGGAGAUCUAUGAGGAUGUUUUGUUCUACCUCGCUAAGAAAGAAAAGGAACAAGCAAAGCAGCUGAGGAAGAGGAACUGGGAAGCCCUGAAGAACAUUUUAGACAACAUGGCCAAUGUCACAUACCGCACCACCUGGUCUGAGGCCCAGCAGUAUCUACUGGACAACCCUACAUUUGCAGAGGACGAGGAGCUGCAGAAUAUGGACAAAGAGGACGCCCUCAUUUGUUUUGAGGAGCACAUCCGGGCUCUGGAGAAGGAGGAGGAGGAAGAGAAACAGAAGACCCUUCUCAGAGAGAGGAGACGACAACGCAAGAACAGAGAGGCCUUCCAGAAAUUUCUGGAUGAGCUCCACGACCACGGCCAGCUUCACUCCAUGUCCGCGUGGAUGGAAAUGUACCCCACCCUGAGCUCAGACAUCCGCUUCGCCAACAUGCUGGGCCAGCCCGGUAGGACUGCAGGUUCCACUCCUCUGGAUCUGUUCAAAUUCUAUGUGGAAGACCUGAAAGCCCGCUACCACGAUGAAAAGAGGAUCAUCAAGGACAUUCUGAAGGACAAAGGCUUUCUGGUAGAAGUCAACACCAGCUUUGAAGACUUUGGAUCAGUGAUCAGCUCAGACAAGAGAGCCACCACACUGGAUGCCGGCAACAUCAAGCUCGCCUUCAACAGCCUACUGGAGAAGGCAGAGGCCAGAGAGAGAGAGCGAGAGAAGGAGGAGGCGAGGAAGAUGAAGAGGAAAGAAGCAGCUUUUAAAAACAUGCUGAAGCAGGCAACACCACCUCUGGAGCCAGAGGCUUCAUGGGAGGGGGUCAGAGAGAGAUUCCUGAAAGAAUCAGCGUUUGAGGACGUGACUCUAGAGUCGGAGAGGAAGCGGAUAUUUAAAGACUUCAUGCAUGUCUUAGAGCAUGAAUGUCAACAUCACCACUCCAAGACAAAGAAGCACUCAAAGAAGUCCAAGAAGCACCAUAGGAAGCGGUCUCGCUCUCGAUCGGGCUCAGAGUCUGAGGAAGAGGAGUACCACAAAAAGAAGAAGAGGUCACAGUCCAAAUCUCCCUCUGAGCGCUCAUCCAGUGGAGAGUCUGAGAGGAGCUAUAAGAAGUCUAAGAAGCACAAGAAGAAGGGAAAGAAAAGACGUCACAAGUCUGCGUCACCAGACUCUGACAAUGAGAAGAGAGGAAGAGAGCGCGAUGGAAAGCGUGAAAAGGACCCAGAGAAAGAUAAAGAGAACGAUAAGUCUCGGGGGAAAUCUCGCUCGGACUCCAAACAGAAGUCUCCCAAAAGAAAAGCGGUGAAAGAGGAGGGCGGCUGGGAUACGUCAGGCAGCGAGCUGAGCGAAGGAGAGCUGGAGAAGAGAAGAAGAACUUUACUGGAGCAGCUGGACGCACCUUGAAGAGGACUCUUCCUCUGAUCUUGUAAUGUGAUUGUACACUUCUCCUAACAUGCAUUCCCCUCCAAAAUCAUCUGGUCACACCAUCACAGACUGACUGUGUGAGGUUACACUGUUCUCUGGUGUUCUCAGGAAUGUGCUACACUGAGCUUACACACUCUUCAGUGAUUAAUUUGAUAUCAAGAGACUGAUCAAUCAGAGAAAAAUCAGCUUCAAAUAUCAGUUUCUUUUGUUGCUCAAGUUAGACUUCUUUUUUUUUUAGCUGACAGUAGAUGUACGUUUUCCACUGCUUAUGAUUUUUUAUAUCCAAUUAAAGUGUUUCAUGUCAAACUGACUGACUUCCACCUGGAGAACUAGCAUGACAAGAAAAAGGUUUCCUUCAGUCACUCAUUCAGAGGUAGAUUAAAAGUAGGUUUUAAUCUGAUCCAAUUUAACUGCAGUUGGAGGAAUUAAAAUCUGAAAAGGUUUUAAUUGGAGCGUUUGUUGACAUUGUCAUACUGUAGUGUAAUGUAAUAAAAAACUGUUUCAAUGAA